CACGACCAGCAAAGUGGGUGACUCUAAUCCAGUGUCCUCGAUGCUGGCCGGCUGCUCUGCUGUUUACUAAUACCUGUCUAGUGUACUCCGACUUCUGCAGAGAAGAGGACCAAGUCGUCUUUGGAAGUAGUUGGAGACUCCUGACUUCCUUAGUGAUGUUUUUAGAAUAUUUUCUAGGUACGAGUUUUUAAAGGGCACUUCUUUGGAAUGAACUGAUUGUAUGUUGCAUAAGCUCAGGAGGGGCCAAAACAAGUUAAAAAGCCACCUUCAUGUACAGCUGCGGGACUAGGUAUUAGGUCGCUUCUAGGAAGAAAAAUUUGAUUCAUGGCUCUUUUCCAGAGGGGACAUUUGCAGACUUAGCUUCCGCACAACGUGAAGCGCGCCUCUUCCUGCCGAGGCCCGCGUCCCCGAGGGCGGCCUGCUGCUGCCCAGCCUCAGGUGUCCGUGCUGCCGCUAGCUGCCGGCGCCCGGGACUUCCUGUCUGGGCGCGGGGCGGAAGGAUCGCGUUGCCAGCCGGGGCCGCCGCCGCCCCUGCCGUUAGGUGGUGGGGCUGCUCAGCCCGGCGGCGGGAGGCGGGCCGGCCGCCGCUUCCUGUCGGAGGACGCGCAAGGAUCCGGGCGUCGGAGUGUGUGCGAGUGCGUGAGUGUGUGCCGCCCGCACGGCGUGUGUCUCCGGCCGCGGGUUCCGCCUUCUCCCCUGUCGCCGCUGCUCAGGGUGUAAGUCAAUGUGAAGCAGCAGUUCCAGCCCCGGGAUAAACAUGGCGACGUCUCUGCAUGAGGGACCCACGAACCAGCUGGAUCUGCUCAUCCGGGCGGUGGAAGCAUCAGUCCAUAGCAGUAAUGCGCACUGUACAGAUAAGACAAUUGAAGCUGCUGAAGCCUUGCUUCAUAUGGAAUCUCCUACCUGCUUGAGGGAUUCGAGAAGUCCUGUGGAAGUGUUUGUCCCUCCUUGUAUAUCAACUCCAGAGUUCAUCCAUGCUGCGAUGAGGCCAGAUGUCAUUACAGAGACUGUGGUGGAGGUGUCGACGGAAGAGUCGGAACCAAUGGAUGCCUCACCUAUUCCCACUUCACCAGAUAGCCACGAACCAACGAAAAAGAAAAAAGUUGGCCGUAAACCAAAGACCCAGCAGUCACCAGUUUCCAAUGGAUCUCCUGAGUUAGGAAUCAAGAAGAAAGCCAGAGAAGGAAAAGGAAACACAACCUAUCUGUGGGAGUUUCUUUUAGAUCUACUUCAAGAUAAAAAUACUUGUCCCAGGUAUAUUAAGUGGACUCAGAGAGAAAAGGGCAUAUUCAAACUUGUGGACUCGAAGGCUGUCUCGAAGCUUUGGGGAAAGCACAAGAACAAACCAGAUAUGAACUAUGAAACUAUGGGGCGAGCUUUGAGAUACUACUACCAAAGGGGGAUUCUUGCAAAGGUUGAAGGACAGAGGCUUGUGUAUCAGUUCAAGGACAUGCCCAAAAACAUAGUGGUCAUUGAUGACGACAAGAGUGAAGCCUGCAGUGAAGACCUGGCAGCAGCCGCUGACGAGAAGUCCCUAGAGCGAGUGUCACUGUCUGCAGAAAGUCUCCUGAAAGCAGCAACUUCUGUUCGCAGCGGGAAAAACUCAUCCAUAAACUGCUCCAGAGCAGAGAAGGGUGUGGCUAGAGUUGUGAAUCUCACUUCCCCUGCUCACGACACUUCAUCCAGGUCUCCUACCACCACAGCAUCUGUGACAGCGGCAGCAGCUCCAAGGACAGUUCGUGUGGCAAUGCAAGUUCCUGUGGUGAUGACAUCACUGGGUCAAAAGAUUUCCACUGUGGCAGUUCAGUCAGUCAAUGCAGGCGCACCAUUAAUAACCAGCACCAGUCCCACCACAGCCACCUCUCCGAAAGUAGUCAUUCAGACGAUCCCGACUGUGAUGCCAGCCUCUACUGAAAAUGGAGACAAAAUCACCAUGCAGCCUGCCAAAAUUAUCACCAUCCCUGCUACACAGCUUGCACAGUGUCAACUGCAGACAAAGUCAAAUCUGACUGGAUCAGGAAGCAUUAACAUUGUCGGAACCCCCUUGGCUGUGAGAGCACUUACCCCUGUUUCAAUAGCCCAUGGUACUCCUGUAAUGAGACUAUCUGUGCCUGCACAGCAGGCUUCUGGCCAGACUCCUCCUCGAGUUAUCAGUGCGGUCAUAAAAGGGCCAGAGGUUAAAUCAGAAACAGUGGCAAAAAAGCAGGAACAUGAUGUGAAAACUUUGCAGCUGGUAGAAGAAAAGGGAGCAGAUGGGAAUAAGACAGUAACCCAUGUAGUGGUUGUCAGUGCGCCUUCUGCUAUUGCCCUUCCUGUGACUAUGAAAACCGAAGGACUAGUGACGUGUGAGAAAUAAGCGAGCUCUGCCGUGGCUUGCAGACUGUUAGUGUUGUACUGACAAACAUUGGCAAGGGAAGACAUCAAGAAAAGCCAGAGGAGGACUUCAGACAAUUGUGCAUAGAAGAAAGCAAUUAGACUUACUGGAAUAGUUACCUAUCCCAUGUUUCAGUGGGAAGUGAACUACACAUUGAGAUGCUGACAGAAAACUGCCUCUUAAAGUAGGAACAACUGAACCCUCAUUAAGCAAACAGACUGAAAGGGACCAAGCAGCCCACUACAAUAGCAAGUUACACUAAGAGUUGGAACACUAACACCUGUAAGAGGUUACAUAGUUUUCAGUGGGGCGGGUUGGGAUGAGUGAUCUCAUUGUUACAUAUAGCAAUUUUUGAUGCAUUUUUAUAUGCAUACCAGCAACUAUUACUGUGUUUGCACAGUACUCACUUAACUGGUGCUAUGUGAAGAUUGCUAAUAUAGGUAUUCUAGAAUGUGAACUGAGUAGAGCCAAGAGCUCCAGAAGAGGGUAACAAAAAGAUGUAGUGCGUUUCUUGUUUUAUUUUUUGUUUUUGAAUAUAUAUAUCAUAUAGCUUAAGCUGUUUUAAAACAAAGGCCUUAGACUAAUUUUUGGUUUUCUUCCUUGAAAUAAGCUAAUGGCUUGUUUGUGUAAAGCUUUUUUAUUAAAGGAAAAAAUUUUAAAAAUCUUGUACCUAGCACAGUAUUGUUAUAGAAUUUACAUGUAACAUUUUAUAUGGUAGUUUAAGUCUGUUGGUUUCUUAAUUGUGAAGAAAUUUACUGUAACAUACCUGCGUCACUCAAGUCGGCCCUGGCGUCUCGCAGACACAUCAGCAUCAGUUCUCACGUGGUUUGGAAAUUCAGGCUCAGCAUGAACUCGUCAGGUAGCUCUAAUUCCUGCUGUUUGUUUUCUUCCUCAUUCUUGUUCCUUCUUUCCUCCUUUUUUUCCUCCUUUUUUCUUUUUUAGUUGAUGUUUAAGAGGGAAAGUACCAGUGUUCAGAUUUGAACUAUAAUAGUUUGUAUAUUCAACAUUUGAAGUAUAUUCUAUUUUGUUGUACUCUUGUUUCAAAGUGUAUUCAAGUAGGUUUUCUGAAAUAUAGAAGUGAAAUUUA